UAGUUAGUUCAAAUUUCAAAAACGACCCAACAACUCUCUCUCCCUCUCUGAUUAAUCCCUCAAGAAAGAGAAAAAAAAAAAAAAAAUUAAAGAAGAAAAAAAACGUCGGAUUUAUGAUAUGAUAUGCGCAUUGUUGAAGCGAGAAAUUGGAUUGAUUUGCAAAUCGGUGCUGAGAUUUAUUUACAGAUCGGUGUCAAGAGCUAUGGGCUGUUUCUUUGGUUGUUUUCGAGUCAGAGAUGAUCGCCGGGGACCUCACCUCGUCUGCCAUUCCUCUCGAUCUAAAUCAACUGAGGCUGUGGUAUCUAAAAAUCGUUUAUCUGCUCUAUUUUUGUCAGAAGAGAGAGAAGAUUCUGCAUACAAUGACAGGAAAAACCAUUAUUCCGGAUCUCCACAAAUCAACAAGGAACUGAUGGAUGAGGCCAAAUUUCUAAAAGCCAGUGGCACUUUACCUGAGACGCCUUCUGAAAUUCGGAAAGCGUCUGAGAAGUUAAAGGGUUCAGCUCCUCUUGGUAAAGAUUUAGAGUCUUCAGAUUUCCACUCUUGGCUUCCCAACACAUCCAUCAAGAAACUUCAGUUGAAUAGACAAAUUGAUCAGCUACCUACUCCCGUUAAACUUCGGGAAGAAUGGGGAAAUGUUUCUGUCUCUUCAGAGCACACACCUAUCAGCUGCAUAUCGGAUGCACAGAACACUGGAAGGAUAUGCAUCAGCUCUGUUGAAAGUGGUGAGGUGGGAAGUCUUAAAACAGCAACAGAUGUUCUACCCAAGAACAAGUCUGUUCGCUUUGAAUGCAAUCUUGAUACGCCUUCGUCUAAAGGGUCUUCAUCUGAAAAUGGGUGCCACAUUUUAAGGAAAUUUGAAUCCACAGGGGACUUCAGUGUAUCAAAGCCUUCUCCUAAACCAACUCCAUUAAAACUUUCUGAUGAGAUGCAAACACCUGGAACAGUUUUCCCUACAAAUGUAGAAUUUUUAGCAAAUGGGAAGACUAGGAUUAGGUCUCAGUAUGUGUAUCCAGUCUUGAAUCCAGUUGAGAAUGCCUCCCAAUGGAAGGCGCUGCAGGAAGAUGACUCUAGUUCUCUUCAACUGUCGAGUCAGCUGAAAGAAUCUUCUGAGCAGCUGGAAAGCUCAACAGCUAAAUCAGCUGGAGAUAAAGACGCUUCCUCUGUGCCAGAAUUGAAGGUUGAAGCAAGCUUGUCUUCUUGGUUUAAGCCGCGACGAUCUGUUAAUGAUAAUGAUGAUCCAAAUGAUAGAACUGCAUCUAGCAAAAAUUUCCGUUUUGGUAAAACUCCUAUGGACAGGCCUAUCAUUGGGAUGGUUGCUGCUCAUUGGAAUGAGAAUGAGCCUUCUCAUAUCUCCCAGAAGUGGUGGGAUGGAAAUGGAAUCCCAAAUUCAACUAAUAAAUACAAGGAAGAUCAGAAAGUGAGUUGGCAUGCAACACCAUUUGAGGAGAGGUUAGAGAAGGCACUGUCUGAAGAGAGUUUUAUCUCACAAAAGAAGGAUAUCAAUGGGAGACCUUUAGUUUUUAAUGAGCAUGAUGAAAGUGAUACUGCUCUUUCUAAUUUACAGACUUCAACACAUUCUAAAUCAGUUGUUUCAUUCUGAUGAGCAACAGUAUAACUGUUGAUGUUCCAAUGAAUUGUGAGUUUAUUUAACAGUUGACAUGUCGCCAAUGCGCUCAAGUUCUUUUAAAUCUGAACUGAAGCAUCAAACAUGAUGGUUUUUGCCUUUUUCGAGCUCUUGAACUCUGAAGCUGCUUAUGCAAAUAUAGCUGUUAAUAUAGUUUUGUCAAACACUCAACAGCAUCAGCAGCUGCUUUUAUUGUAAAUUUAAGUCAGUAAUGCAAAGACUUGACUUGGGAA